AUGUCCCACCUAACUUACUACAACUACGACGGCGUCGGCAAAAGAAACCAAGUCAACUUCAAGUACAGCCAGGCAGUCCGGAUCGGCGAUCGCAUCGAAUGCGCCGGACAAGGCGGAUGGGACCCCAUGAGUGGCGAGUUCCAUAGAGAAAUCAACGCGCAGAUCGACCAGGCAUUUGCCAACGUCGAGCUCAACCUGAAGAAUGCCGGCGGCAAGGGCUGGGAGCAGGUGUUCCGCGUGAACUCGUAUCAUGUGCCAAUUAACAACGAGGCACUUGAGGCGAUGGUUCGCAAUUUUAAGAAGUAUAUGCCCCGGCAUGAGCCUAUCUGGACGUGUGUUGGGGUGAGUCGGUUGGGCGAGGAUGAUAUGCGAGUUGAGAUUGAGGUGGUUGCGCAUGACCCUUGA